UGAAAAAUUCUUCUGUCACAGAAUAAUCAUCACUGCUUAAAUUGUAGAUUAAAAAGCAGAAUGAAAGCCAUGUUAUUGAUACCUCACAAAGCAGAUGACUGGUUGUCCUUCAUUUGCUUCUUUUCCUUUUUUUGUAAUAGUUGUAAGGGUUUAAAAUGGACUGAUUAAUUUAAAUGUGAUAGUAUAGAACCAGAAGGAAGAUUAUACUAUGACAGAAGUUAAUAUUUUUUACAGUAUAUUCUCCUAUUCCAUGCUAUAAAUAUGAAAUUACUGUAAUCAUAAACUUCAUUAAUGUGGGCUGCCAUGAUGCUUUGUAAAGCAUAGUUGUCUUACUGUUAUUGUCAGUUGACUUUUGAUUUGCUACAUGGGUUCUCGCCUUAAACCUUUCUGUGUAGUAACCAUAUAUUCAAAUUCUUAGCUCUGAAGUGUUAUGUUUUAUCUUGGAGGGAGAAGACUCUUGCUGUCAUACCAGCAAAAAUAGAGUUAUCUAGAUGAAGCAGAAGAGACUAAAAGAAAGAGCAAGCUUACCAGCACUGCUUAAAAGGAAUCCAGACUUUAUUUGAAGACCUUAAUUUAUUUUGGAUUAGGUUUCCCAUGGCAUGUGAACUAGAAGAUAAUUUGAAAUAGAAGGUCUCUUUAUUCUGAAGUGACAGUCUUUAUCAAAAUGGUUGGAAAACUCAAACAGAACUUGCUAUUGGCAUGUCUGGUGAUCAGUUCAGUGACAGUGUUUUAUUUGGGCCAACACGCUAUGGAGUGUCACCAUCGAAUAGAAGAACGCAGCCAGCCUGUGAGGAUGGAAAAUGUGAGAAGCACAGUAAGAACUGCUUCCAGUGUAAAUGCAAACAAAACCUUUGCUUACAACAAAGACAUGCCUUUAAUAUUUAUUGGAGGAGUACCUCGAAGUGGCACUACCUUAAUGCGUGCCAUGCUUGAUGCCCAUCCGGAUAUUCGAUGUGGAGAAGAGACAAGGGUAAUCCCGCGAAUUCUGGCAGUUAAGCAGAUGUGGGCUAGAUCAAGCAAAGAGAAGAUCCGACUGGAUGAAGCUGGAGUCACAGAUGAGGUUCUGGACUCAGCCAUGCAAGCGUUUUUAUUGGAAAUCAUUGUGAAGCAUGGGGAGCCUGCUCCAUAUUUGUGUAACAAAGAUCCUUUUGCUUUAAAAUCCUUAACUUAUCUUGCUAGAAUUUUCCCCAAUGCCAAAUUUCUUCUAAUGGUACGGGAUGGUCGUGCAUCUGUGCAUUCCAUGAUAUCUAGAAAAGUCACAAUAGCUGGAUUUGACCUUAACAGCUACAGGGACUGCUUGACCAAGUGGAAUCGUGCUAUAGAAACUAUGUAUAACCAGUGUAUGGAGGUUGGUUUUGAAAAGUGUAUGCUGGUACAUUACGAACAACUCGUAUUGCAUCCUGAAAGAUGGAUGAGAACUCUCUUAAAGUUUCUUCGCAUCCCAUGGAACCAAGCAGUGCUGCACCAUGAAGAAAUGAUUGGAAAAGCAGGGGGUGUUUCUCUUUCAAAGGUUGAAAGAUCUACUGACCAAGUAAUCAAGCCAGUCAAUGUGGAAGCACUGUCAAAGUGGGUUGGGAAGAUACCUGCUGAUGUUUUGCAAGAUAUGCCCGUGAUUGCACCCAUGCUAGCAAAACUGGGCUAUGAUCCGUAUGCCAAUCCACCAAAUUAUGGAAAGCCAGAUCAAAAAGUUGUGGAAAACACAAGGAGGGUCUAUAAAGGUGAAUUUCAGCUUCCUGACUUUCUUAAAGAAGUGCCACAGCCAAAGAAGACAGUAGAAAGGAAGUCUCGUGGCAAGAUAAAAUGAACAUGGAUCAGUAAAGUCGAAUAGCUGUAGUACUGAACCUAUGGAAUAGAAGAUAACAAUGGAUAUUUCUUGCACAGAAG